CCAGCUCAUUAAUAAUUGCCCUCAGCUCCUGCCACCCUCCUUCUCCGGCUUUCUCUCUCUAUCUCCCUAGAAUUCUUUUUUCUCUCUCUCUAGAGUUCUUUUCUUUCUCUCUCUAAAUUUCUUCAACCCGUGAGCCUUUUUCUCCGCGAUUUGAGCGGGAGACAAAGACGGCGAGUAUGAUCGGUCGACGACCUCUUCCCCUUCUCUUCACACUCAUUCCUCUCAUAUUAGUCGCCGCUACGGCGAAAGAAGCGGCGGAGGAAGCUCCGGCGACGACCGCUUACGAGGUUCUACGGCAGCAUGGUCUUCCGAGCGGCCUCUUCCCUAAGGGCGUACGCGAAUUCCACCUCGAUGAAGAAGGCCGCUUCGAGGUGCAUUUGGAGGAAGAGUGCACGGCUAAAUUCGAGACGGAGGUCCACUACGCCCGCAACAUCACCUGCACAGUCACCUACGGCCAGAUCACCGCCAUCUCCGGCCUCUCCGCCCAGGAACUCUUCCUCUGGUUCCCCGUACGAGGCAUCCGCGUCGAUAUUCCCAGCUCAGGCCUCAUCUACUUUGACGUCGGCGUCAUCUACAAGCAAUUCUCCCUCUCCCUCUUCGAAACCCCUCCCGAUUGCUCGCCCUCCCGCGAUCAUCUCCUCGAGGGUUCCCGCAUCGCCCAGAUCGUUUUGGAGAGCCAAUCAGGGAAGCUGCGGUACGACCUUGAUCAAGAAUACACCAUGAGUGCCGUCGUCGCCUGAUCUCGGACGGCUGUGAAAUAGUCUUAAUUUGUUCGCCAUGGGAAGAAAAUGUUCUGAGCAUCGGCUGCUAUGGCUUGCAGGGUUUCCUCUGAUUCGACUCUGUUUCUGUGCUGUUGGUGUGUUUGUGUGCUUCCGGUAUGAAAUAGCGCAGCAGAAUAAUCAGUCUAUGGGCUCGCCGUCGCCGCGCGAGUUCAGAAUUUGGCCGUGUAUAGGUGGGAGACGAUGGAGGUCAUCCUGGUACUUUCGCAGCCGACACAGAGAGGGAGGAGAUGUUCUAGAGAGAGAGAGAGAGAGAGAGAGGACGGUGUGAAUUGCGUGUAUUUUCUGUUCCUUCGAUAGAAGUUUUGUCUGUGUAAAAUGAGUUACUGUGAGUGGCCUCCAAAAUUAAAAGAGUUACUGUCUGUCCAAUGUCUAUAAAUGUAUGUUAUUUUUAUUUAGGGAUUUUUACAUA